CUGCCAGGGAGUUGCUGCCCAGGGAGGAACUCACAUAGGCUGGGCUGUUUCUGCAUUGCACAAUUCCUUGUGAAAGAUCUCCGAAUUGGCUGGAGGCUCCCUAUGGUUGUGCUGCUGUGCAGGGGACCGGUGCAGGCUGCGGGUGCAGGAUGGCUGUUAGCACAGUGCAGCAGGGAAGCGCUGCUGACCCCGUGGGACACGCAGCCAGGGAGGCAUCACAGCCCCGACGAUUUCGAAUGUGUCCGUGGCACUGCUCAGCAUCAGUCUGGAUACACCGGGCUUCGGCAUCCAGGCACUCUUCAUCUCUGUAAGUUUAUUCCACAGAGUAUCUGAGUCACACUCAACUAUAACCAACUGGAUCGGUGGAUGUUAAGUCUCACAUCUGAAGACGAGGGUUGAUUUGGUUCCUUUCUGUCACUAAGGAUUUUGACUGGUGAAUGUGUUUGUCUCCCCACCUCUAAGUUAAUGGAGUGGCAUGGGCAGAUGUGAAGCAGCUCUUAGCCUGGAUAUUCAUGCAAUAUCUUCUUAGCUCAUCACGACACCUUGGCGCCGCUGGCAGCACAGGAUAUGGAGGCUCUCGAAGUUGAUGAUAUUAGCCCUGCCUUGGAAGUGACUGAAGACUUUUUCAAUAGUUUUGAUACUAAGCUUGAUAAGAUCGUGCAGCCCUCGGAGGUCUAUGGUGUACAGGAGGUCCCUGAGCUGGUUGAGCACGAGGUAUUUGAUCAGAUAACAGAGAGCAGGAACCUAAGGAACGUCACCUCCUUAGCCAAAACUAGCCUCAUCUGGGACCGCUGCAAAAAUGGCCUCUUGGAAACCAAAGCCCAGACAGCAUUCCCUGCCAAAGAACAGCUUGUGGUGCAGAGGGGAAGAGCUGCCAACAACCUUGCUUGGGUAGGGGAAGGGGAGACCUCAGCUUUUAACAUCUUCAGUAUCUGUCAACGGAGGAGAGACAGGCCUCGCUCUGUGAACGACAUCCUGGUGCAGAAUGAGGAAGCCUCCACUUUCAAGCCAGGACACAACAGGUCCCGCUCUGAUAUAAGCUGUGUGGACUGGGGAGUGGUCUUCACAGGCACUGCUCUGCAGCAGCCGCCUCUGCCUGCUCAGGACAAUAACCGUGCUCUGCUCUCUUACCUGGCAUUAACUAAGGGAGAGGACAUCCAAGGAAACACAGAACACAAGCCAACGUUCCCAAAUAUUCUGAAGAAGGGAUACUUAGAAAUUAGAAGGGACAAUGACAGCUACUGGCAAACCUGUUAUGCUGAGCUCUCCCCGUACGAACUGUACCUGUAUUGUCUGGACAGCAGUGGCAAUCAGACUCUUCCCACAGUGUAUCCGCUCAUGCAUUUUCAAAGGGUCACUGUUACUGGUAGCAUCGAAACCAAGGUGGUGGACACUGUUCUGUCAGACAACUCGCAGCUACAGCUGAAGGCAGAGUCCUCAUGGGAGGCUUUGGACUGGGGGCAAAAACUCUGGGAAGUGGUGCGUGCCUCCGUACCGACUUUCAUGAGACAGCAAGAGAAGCUGGAGAAUGUGCCAAAGCCUGAUGAUAAUAAUGCCCUUCCUCAAACCAAUGGAUUGCUAGAGAAGCCUAUGGAGCUUUUUCUGUCCAUGAAUUUGACUGAAAACCCUAAAGAGUACCAAAAUAUUCUCAAAUCAGGGACUCUUUAUAGGUUGACUCUCCAGAAUAACUGGAAGGCAUUUACAUUUGUCUUGAACAGAUCUUAUCUCAUGGCAUUCCAACCGGGUAGGCUUGAUGAAGACCCUCUGCUGAGCUACAACGUUGAUGUGUGCUUGUCGGUCCAGACAGAUACUCAGGAUGGCUGUGACUCCUGCUUUCAGAUCAUUUUCCCUCAAGAUGUCCUCCGCCUGCGUGCAGAGACCCGUCAGAGGGCCCAGGAGUGGAUGGAGGCGCUGCGAGCAGCAGCCAAUGCUACUAGAAAUUUAGGUCAGGACCUGCAAGUCACGCUUAGGAACAAACCUGGUGAUCGACCUUUUGGAAAAGAUUUUAGAAAGAGCAAGCGCCAGUCUGUGACCACCAGCUUCCUGAGCAUCCUGACCACGUUGUCGCUAGAGAGAGGGCUCACAGUUCAGAGUUUCAAGUGUGCAGGCUGUCAGCGCCCAAUAGGCUUGUCCAAUGGGAAAGCCAAGGUGUGCAGCUACAGCGGGUGGUAUUACUGCAGCACCUGCCACGUGGAUGACACCUUCCUCAUCCCUGCUCGGCUUGUUCAUAACUGGGACACUUCAAAAUACAAGGUAUCAAAGCAAGCCAAAGAGUUCCUGGAAUAUGUGUAUGAGGAACCACUGAUUGACAUCCAACAGGAAAAUCCCAUGUUGUACCAGCAUGUUGAACCUCUGGCAACUGUUGUCCGCCUGAGACAGCAGCUAAAAUCUCUCCGGGCCUAUUUGUUCAGCUGCAGAGCAGCAGUGGCUGAAGACCUGCGCAGAAGGAUCUUUCCCAGAGAGUAUCUUCUUCAGCAAAUCCAUCUUUAUUCUCUCUCAGACCUCCAGCAGGUCAUUGAAGGAAAGCUGGCUCCUUUCUUGGGGAAGGUGAUCAAGUUUGCCACCUCUCAUGUGUACAGCUGCAGCCUUUGCAGCCAAAAGGGUUUCAUCUGUGAGAUUUGCAACAACGGAGAAAUCCUUUACCCCUUUGAAGAUAUUUCUACAAGCAGGUGUGAAAACUGUGGUGCUGUCUUCCACUCUGAGUGCAAAGUGAAGGCCGUACCAUGCCCCCGGUGCGUGCGUAAAGAGCUGCAGAAGAAGCAGAAAUCCUUCUGGAGGCGACUGAAUAUGGAUGAAAACUUCGAAGAGUCUUGCAAUAUGUUUGAGUUGUCAUAUCAGAACACAUGACUGCCUUAAGGCAAUGGCCAGCCUGAAGAGAAUCUCUUCCUCGGUUGCCAGCUCAAGCAACUUCUCAGCUUAGCCAGGCAGAAAUCUUUUUGCAAAAUAGUGUCUGACCUUCUUCUUCAUCUGUGAAUAGCAGCUGCCAAAGUGGCCGCAAAGUCUUGCUGGCUUUGAAAUACCAGUGGCCAAACUGCAUUUUGCAUUGAAGUCCAGCCAGUAGCUCUCAUACAAAAUGUGUUUACUUGAAAUGCUUUAGGUCUAGCUGAUUAAGCACCCCAGUUUUUCUUUUCCACCUCCAGAGAAGACUUUUCCUCAAGGCAGAAAGUAUUUCCCGCCAUGACCACAUUCUUAAGUUAUUAUUGAUGUUGUUCAUUUAGAAUCGAUGGCUCAUCUACUUAUUUAUCUGUAUUAUUUAUUAAUAGCCUUGGCAGAGGUUCUGGUGAGGUGUUUUACAGAACCCAAUAGGGCAGGAGUGGUUUUAAGCCUACCUGCUCCUUCUGACAUGGACAUGGGAUUGCAUUUCCUCAUGUUUCCAGCUGCAGAGCUAUUUUUGAAGGAUCGAUGCAUUUAUUUGUCGCUCCUCCCCGAGGAAAGAAAAAUAUCUCCUAUCAAACCUUAUUCAGGAUGCUUGCAAGUGUAAGAUGCAGAAGAAUUCCUUUAGCUAUGUUUAUCUAUUCAUAACCAGCCCCAUGGAAUAUUACAUAAGCAGAUAAGCAGGGAACUUGCUGCUGGUUUUGUUCAGUCGAGGUAUAUCAGUCAUGCUCCGUCACUGAAGUCCGUUUAGUUCUACGCUAGUUAUUCUUGUUCUAUAUGAGGCCACAUCCUCAUCUCCGGUAACAUGAUGUUGGUGCCGACCUCCUGCUAGUCUCACAUUUGAAGACACUGUAAGUGUUCACGUUGGUUUUGUUUUUAUCACGUGAAGUUUACUUGACCUGCUUCUCUAACCUUAACCUCCUAGACUGCUAGACAGAGAAGUGUCUUGUCCUUCUUAGUUAGAAAAUAUCUCCGAAACUGUGAAACAUGCUAUUUCCUUUGCUGUGUUCACGUGCAAUUUGUGUCCUAUGUUCUCUGGAAGCUCUAAGGAUUUUAUACUUCUGUAGUCACUUAAGUGGUGGAGAGAGAAGUUCUUCGAGGUAUGGUUAUGCCUCAUGUACCUGGAACACAGGGAAGUAUUAAACACAGUACAUUGUGUAUAUUGUGAAAGAGGAGUAUGUGAUAGAUUUGAUUGGGGAAAUACGUGUGUCACCACUGACAGUAUGUUUAAUUCAUUAUGGUGUCACCUCCACUGAGCACCUGGAGAUGCUCCUCACUGGAACCGACAUUCUUAACUCUUUCUCCAGACCCUGCCGUAAUGUGAUUGCAUACAUAUGAAUGCAUUCAUAUAUAUGUACAUAUAUAUGUAUGUGUCUACAGAAAACAAAUACGGUUUUAGGAGAAAAAUCCACAAUCACGUGCAUGUGUAUUUUUUCUCUCCUUUCACAUAUGUUUGUUAAAGUGCAGAAUAUUGAUCUUUGCUUACUAUAUAAGCUGUGGGCUGUUGUAUUCAAGGCAGAAAGCAGUCUUGAUCAUUGAAGCAGCUCACUAAUUGCCGAACUAUUUUAAAUAAAAGAACAGGGUACAUCACGCUUACGUUAAGGGCCAGGAAAGCUACAAAGAGUUGCCUUGUACUGGAGUGUAAGUAGUUACCUUUUCCAACCUCCAGUUAAAGAAAGUAGCUGAAUCAGAGCUUUUUCAAAUGAGUACAAGUACUAUAUGUAUAGAAGCAUGUUUAUAUCUGAAUACAUUAGACAACCAGUGCCUUUCUUUUGCAGAAGUCCUUCUCACAGGGUUUUUUUUUUUUUUUUCAGAAGGAAGUGCAGGUUUUUUCCAUGUUCCUGGCAAAAUAGUAUAGGGAUUCCCAUAUUUAAUAAAUUUGGUGAAUUGUGUACUUUUCUUACCAAAAUUAAUACUUCUCCUACACAAGGACUGCUGUGCCGCAGCUCGCAGUUCGUCAUGUGGAAUGAGUUGCUUUCCGCUGCCAUCCUUAAUGCUCCUUGCAGGUCCGUUCCCACAUGAAGAAUUCCCUGCAUGUUCACAAAUGCAAACAGCAGGGACGUGCUGUGGAAUUAGUCAUGCAAACGGGAACUGCACUGGUACUGGCUGAAUAAACAGUACGCUCCCACGUUAUUUUCAGCGUGUGUCACUAAGACUAGUCCUGUGGCAAAGCCAGUAGCUGUGAAACCUUCAGGAAUUGUCAGGUACUAUUUCGAGGUGGCUGCAGACAUAAUGGUGGGUCAUUAAAGAAGAAAAGAUGAAGUUUUUUAUGCUGUAAUGCGUUGGAAUUUGAGAGCCGGUUUCUAAAAUAGAUACAUGUUCAUUUGUUCAUUUCCAUCUUGGAAAAGUAAUAUAACUUCCUCUGGUAGCUGUAGGAGCAGACUGUAUUGUGGAAGAUGUUUUCUUCUCAGGGAUGCCUCGCUCCUAUCCAUAAAAAGUUACUCUGUAUAGGUGUGCAUGGCAGGAUAUAGUCUUCUGUCACUGACUUUCGAGAGCAUAACUAAGGCCUGAUCUUGUCCUCAGGAAGUAUGGAUGGAGUAGGAACAAGCCCAGUUCAUUUUUCAGGACUGCAAGGCAAAAGAAUAAACUAAAGCUACUGCUCAUAUUACCAGCUCUAAAAGGACAGUUUUCCUAUAAGAGCCACCUGGUAGCUGGGACACAGCCUGGGUUUCUGUAGGUGGUUUGACUUUCCAACAACACUUUACCCUUGUGUGGUUGUGUCUGCUGUAGUAACAUAGUGCUGCUGCACAUUGGUCUCCCAGUGCUACACAGAUCACAUGCUGUGGUCUGUAGACUUCUGGGUGGGCACAGCUGGAAAAGUACCUGGGAUCUUUCCAAAUUGUGCAAAUCUCUCUCCCCCCCUCCCCCAAAACAAGUGGAACUUAUAUAUUGGUACUUCUUGUCCCAUCCUAUCCGUGCACGAGGUAAGUUUGAACAAGAACAUUUCAUUGUGAAUCAAAUCAAAAAUGCGCUGCUUGUCUCAUUCACAAAGAAAGCGCUGUCUUAGCUUAUGGAGGAGGAAUUGAUCCAUGUAUCCAGUUACUGCUGUUACUAGCUUGUGCAGAACUUACAAUCACUGUAGAAAUAGAGCGCUUCACAGAAAUGGACUGUCGCCUGACUCUUUAGAACUGCAUAGAAUAUUUCCAGUCUCAGUUUAGUUAGCCUGAGAUGUUUUAACCCGGGAUAGUGUAGAGAUAUUUAUUCAACCCUCUUUCUUUUCCUCUUUUAUCCACACGCUCUAGCUUUCCCUUAACCGGGGCGGGGGGGAGAGGGGGGAGGACAUAUCCAGGGGAUGCAAACUGCAGCAUUUUUAAUAUUGUCAACCCACAGAAAGAGGAAUUCACAGUCUUGCUGAAUUUUGAUGUCUGAAUCCAUCCUUGUUCUAAUCUGUCUGUAAAAUGCAUCAGUGUUUGUUUUUUUUUACUGGUAAAACUAUUCUUGUUAGGUUAAUUUUUAGUGUUCUUGCUGCACUAAAAUGAGGAAGAUGAGAAUGGCCCUUCUGGAUUCAUUUACUCCCCCUGCCCUGAAAUAGUUGGACCUCCUAUGCAGAAAUGUGAUGAAAAACGAUUGCUUUGUGAUAUGACACGAUGUCCUGGCUGGCACUUACCAAUAUGAACUCAUUACUGGGCUGAUGGAAACUGGUAGUUGUAUUCGUUUCCUUGAUAAGUGAGGUAAGAUCCCUUCUGGUGAGGAAUUUGAGUUCUUCAUGGUACUCCGCAGGCUUUGAUGGCCCUCUUAGGAGUGAAUCAUCAGGGUACCUCUAGCAUUGCUCUUUUUAAGGCUUCUCUUAAUAAUUAACAUCAGGAUACUGUGUGUAUUACAAUUGACUGAUGCUGAUGUCCUGCAACACUAAAAAAAUAAAAAGCAGCAUAGGAUGUCUGAUUACAAUGAAAUGGGGAAGCUGCAAAGUUCUAUUUUGUUCUUUUCUCUGUAGCAGCAGAAGCCAUUGAGUUUCCUGUGCCUUCUAAGGUCACGGGCUGGAUUGCAACUGACUGUUGGUCUAUAUGAAAGGAAUUUAAUUGAAUAAUCAUUUUAAUCUUAUCUCUUGUUUUCUGCUGCUUUGCUGCAAGCCAGUCCCCUCCCUCCUUCUCACUUUCUCUAUCUCUCUCUGCUGUCUUUGCUCACAGUGCUGAGUCUACAGCUAGACCUCAGGCUUCGUAGCUCAUUGUGUUGCUGUUGAACCAGUCGAGUCUGAUCAUUCUCUCCUUCAUAAUUUGCCUUCCAAUUUUCCCUUCCCAGUAGGAGUGCCUUACAGUACUGUAUAUUAGCGUCUAUCUUCCUAUUUUGGAUUUCCUGAUUGAAUCUGCUGUUUGAUAAACUUGUAGACUUAAACUGAAACUCUCCCAUGGCUGCACAUGCUGCUUUGCAGGGGCAGCUGAGUAAAUCAGUUUGCUUGUUCUGCCCUUGUGAAGUGAGCUCUACAGACUGCAUAUAUGAGCUCUGAAGACACCAAGCUGCAUGGAAACCCCUCACUUUUGCUUAACUUGGUGCCUUAAAUUUUCGUAAGUGAAGACUCUUGUCAGGAACGCUCUGCCACGAUGCAGCAUGUUUGGCAUUGAGCUGUGAACCCUAGCUCCUGGCAGUUCCUGUCUUACUAGGAAUGAUGACCAUAAAAUUUGUUUAUCAUCUAUGCUUUCAGAGGGAAAGAUGGGAAAGGAUAACAUGGAGAAGGUGCUGGUUUUUAUUACCAAUAUUGUGGAGAAUAGCUGGGCUUCUCUUCAGCAGAAAAUGAGGUUGUGCUUACGCAAGACCUUCAGGAGUUUUGUGUUACAAUACUGACAAGCUUGGGGCACGGGAACAGGCUCAAGUCAUGGGUGGCUUUGCUCCUCCUGGGACCACUGGCCAGUGUGUGCCCCCUGUAGAGGGUGUCUGGCCAACCUCCCUGCCCACGCUGCAGAGCGGGGUCAGUACUGUGGUGGAAAAAGCAUUUCCUCAAAACCGAUUUUGACUGCAGCCUGGUUCUCUGAAGACUAACCCAGCAAGGGUUUGGGCAGCUUAACAUUAGAGAGCGGGUUAACCUGCUUAAAUUUUAGCAAAUAAGCAGCUAACCCUUCUAGCCUGUGUGUCAGUCCUGGGCACGUGUCUAUACUGAUUGUGAUCUUUUAAGUCCACUUUUGACGCCGGUAGCAGGAAUCCCAUUUGAAAACAGCAGUACUGUCACUGCAUUUUAGCAGUGAAGUGAGGAGACAGCCCAGAGAAUAAUGCGCAUGGUCCUUCUUUACUUGAAAACCGCAAUGUGCACACUCUGACUUGGGACAUAUCUUCAAAUGCCAGUUGCCUCCAAAUCUCUUAAGGUGGUCGUUAAUCCAAAUCACAAGGACACCUCUCGUGGGCUGCGCCAGAGCAGUCCAGGCCUGGAAAGCUGUUAAGUGUCUAGGACCAAAGUGUAUUAGGCCUCAUCUACAUACUCAAGCAUCAGUGGCUCAAUAAUUUAUUUAUUCAUGUCUAAUCAAUGCUUCAAACGAAUAUGAAUCUUUGAAUACACUGCUGUAUCAAUGGAAAAGGAUUUAUUUUAGUUUUGUGUAUGCACUUGUCUACAAAGUUGAUCUUGUUUAAAAAAAGGUGUGUGUUUUCCAACUGAUUUUUAAUGACGUUAACACCUAUUAUAGCAGGUUAGCUGUAUAAUCCCUUCUGUACUUGAGCUAAACAAAGUAAAAAUUCGUGAGUAAAAAGGAUGUUUGAAAGGUUUUGCACCUAAGCUUCAAAAACCGACUUAAGUUCAAUCAAGGCAGUUUUGGGGAAGGGGGGAAGCUGGGUCUGACCGACAGAGAGCUGAGCUACUGCUGUCUGCAUCAGUCUAGGCUUUUCUUUCCUUCCACGCACCCAGGUCACCGACAGCACUUCCAGAUGGAUUUUGGCAAUAGUGGCAGUGCACCCCAAGUUUUUUGAAAACCACUAUGUGUCUGCACUACUCUAUCUGUUAACUUAUUGGCAACAUCAUUAUUUGUGUUUCGUUGUUCUUGUUUGUUUUGGUUGAUUUACUUUUGACAAGGAUUUUUUAAAUUAUCUGCAACUGUUGGGCAAUAGUCUUAAUUUAUUACUGAUGUGCAAUGGCAUAAUUUAAAUUCAGUGAGUUGAAUUGCUUGUUGACACUUGAGCAGGGUUUCUUUGGGUCAUUUGUGACAGCAUCAGAGCACCAGUCCCUCGUGUGUAAAGGCAACUCUCAAUAAAUACUACAAAAACA